UCUCGUGCGGUUAUGUGUUGUUUCUGGAGCUCUGGGUAAAUCUGGGUCCUGGAGGAGUAGGCCAAUCACUUCCUUUGUGGGUGCUGUGAGGACCUGCUGGUUCCUCGACGGCACGGUCGAGUUUGAUAAUCAGUGAAAAGUUAAGAAGUGUAAUUAUUCUGCCAAAAUAUCAGAAAGGCUACACAGUGUUAGUGCAGUGUUGGGAAAUUCACAUUCUUGCGAUUAUUGCGCUAUUAUUGAGUCAAACUUUGUUCUAGGUCGAGGGCACAAAAAUGCACUGCAAAUUCGAUUUUGCAGGUGGAUAGGGAAAGUGUUGUGUUUUGCUGCUCUAUUUCCUGAAGCAUUUCACUUACCGUCAAUCGUCUUUUGUGCAAGUGUUUGUGUGUUACUAGUGGGUUUAGAUCGAAGAAAAUAAAGGUCUGUAUUUUAAAGCUGCCUGUGAGAAUAAUGAAUGUGUGCUGAAAUUUGUUGGUGUUUUUUCAUAAGAGUGGAAAAGUAUUAGAGCUCAAAGGAAUCAGUGCCGUGUUUGUGAUCCAAACAAAAAGCUAAAAUUUAAUUCAUUUCGCAUGACUAAUAAUGUUCAACCAUCUGAAAGGCCGAAAGUUUUCCCUAACUUGUUCUACAAAUUAGCCAGUUCAGUGCAAUUUGAGUGCAUCCAUCAGGGAAGCUAACGUUACACAGUUAGGGGCUAAAGCACAGUGAAGCGACGGUGUGCAGUGUGUAAAUUUGUAAUAUUUGAUCCGUUGACCUGCGUGUUUUGAAUACAAUAUAGCGGCAGCGUUGGGAGUUGAAUAUUUAUGCUCACAAUCAUUUUCACCUAAAAAGGUGAAUCCUCGUGGGAAAUGGAUACCGUUCUAUCAUAAACAUGAAGCAUGUGGAGUCCAUUACUCUCCAUUCGUGAUAUUUUCAAUGUAAACAAUGGUGUAUAACAGUUUUAUGCGCACCGCACGAAGCUGGAUUGAAGCGAACUUCCAAAAGCGCGAAUGCAUCAAAUUCAUACCGAACGUUAAAAAUGAAGAAGUAUGCUGCUGCGGUCAGGAGCGACGAACCCACCAGUUGGUGCCGGGUAUCGAGCCGGGGAUCGCGGGCGAUUUGUGGCAACCACAGAAGCACACCCGACCACAGCCGACCGAUGCUUACGGGACGAUCGAGUUUCAAGGCGGUGCGCAUCCGACGAAAGCUCAGUACGUUCGCCUGUCGUACGACACCCGGCCGGAGCUGCUGGUUCAGCUCUUCACUCGCGAGUGGAAUCUCGAACUUCCGAAAUUGCUCAUCACCGUCCAAGGCGGAAAAGCCAACUUUGAACUGCAGCCAAAGCUGAAAAAGGUGCUCCGGAAGGGUCUACUGAAGGCAGCGAAAACAACCGGUGCUUGGAUAUUUACCGGCGGAACAAACACCGGUGUCACAAAGCAGGUCGGCGAUGCACUGCUGCUGGAAGGCCAACAGCGGUCCGGACGCGUCGUUAGCAUCGGGAUCGCUCCAUGGGGAAUCGUGGAGCGAAAUCACGAACUGCUGGGUCACAACCGGGACGUUCCCUGUCACAGUAUCAGUUCACCUCGCUCUAAAUUGGCUGUGUUAAACAAUCGUCACGCGUACUUCCUUCUGGUCGACAACGGCUCCCAGGCCCGGUACGGAGCGGAACUGAUCCUGCGGCGGAAGCUUGAAAAAUUCAUAUCCAAUCAAAAGUUGCAACCUUUCACUCACUCGAGCACACCCGUAGUCUGCCUGGUGAUUGAGGGUGGCACCAACACGAUCCGAGCAGUGCUAGAAUACGUCACCGACAACCCGCCGGUGCCGGUAGUGGUAUGCGACGGGUCGGGCCGGGCGGCCGAUCUGAUUGCAUUUGUACAUAAGUAUGCCUCCGACUCAGGUGAACAGGUUGUAUUAGAAUCGAUGCAUGAAUAUCUACUAGGAACGAUACAGAAAACGUUCGAAGUGAGCCCAGAACAGGCCGAGCAACUCUACCAAGAGUUGAUCUUGUGUACGAAAAAUAAAAAUUUGAUAACGGUUUUCCGGAUACAGGACCGACCGGAAGGCACGGUUCAGGAAUUGGAUCAAACAAUACUUACAGCACUUUUUAAAUCACAGCACUUGAGUCCUCCAGAGCAGUUAAGUUUGGCGUUAACGUGGAACCGGGUAGAUAUUGCUCGUACGGAAAUAUUUGUUUACGGUCAGGAAUGGCCACAUGGUGCUCUGGAUGAAGCGAUGAUGCAAGCGUUGGAACACGAUCGGAUAGACUUUGUGAAAUUGCUGCUUGAGAAUGGUGUUUCAAUGAGAAAGUUCCUAACGAUUCCCCGAUUGGAGGAAUUGUACAAUACCAAACAUGGGCCUGCAAAUACACUGGGAUAUAUUCUAAGGGACGUUCGGCCUCACAUUCCAAAGGGUUAUGUUUACACCUUGCAUGAUAUCGGUUUAGUGAUAAACAAAUUGAUGGGCGGAGCCUAUCGGUCGUAUUACACCCGACGAAAGUUUCGACCAAUUUACGCUAAGGUUAUGAAUAGCUAUGUCAACACGCAUCGGAAGCCAUCGACAUUUGCUCGCUCGGCAGGAGUCAAUUCGAUGAGUCUGGUGACGGGACUACUGCCGGUUACAUCGGAUAUGGCCUUAUUUGAGUUUCCGUUCAAUGAACUGUUGAUUUGGGCUGUGCUUACGAAACGCCAGCAGAUGGCGCUGUUGAUGUGGACACAUGGGGAGGAAGCCUUGGCAAAAUCCCUUGUAGCUUGUAAACUAUACAAAGCAAUGGCACACGAAGCGGCGGAUGAUGAUUUGGAUACGGAAAUUUACGAGGAAUUGCGCAGCUAUGCCAAAGAAUUUGAAUCCAAAGGAUUGAAGUUGCUCGAUUUUUGCUAUCGACAGGAUGCGGAGAGAGCUCAACGGUUGCUUACGUGUGAACUUCAGUCGUGGUCUAGUCAAAGUUGUCUGUCGUUGGCGGUCGCGGCAAAUCAUCGGGCGAUACUUGCUCAUCCUUGUAGCCAAAUAAUUCUUGCCGAUCUGUGGAUGGGUGGAUUGAGGACAAGGAAAAAUACUAAUCUUAAGGUUAUCUUAGGCCUCUUGGUGCCUCCCUUUGUUAAGAAGCUGGAUUUCAAAUCGAAAGAAGAGCUUCAACAGAUGCCUCAAACCGAGGAGGAGCACCUAGAGAAUCAAUGUCUAGAUUACGAUGACAACGGAAAGCACAAUCCGGACGCAGAGGCGCUUUUGUCCGACACGUACUCUAUGAAAGAUACCAAAGUGCAGGAGAACGGAAAAGUUUCGUUAACGGACUCCGAAAACACCCAGUAUAAGGAUUACAUGUACGACCACGACAUCCGUCAUCAAAGGCCGCUCAAACUGAAGAAAAAGUUUUAUGAGUUCUACACGGCUCCCAUCACCAAGUUUUGGGCAGACUCGAUGGCGUACGUUCUGUUUUUGGUGCUGUUUACAUACACAGUGUUGGUGCGGAUGGAACCAUAUCCUAGCUGGCAAGAAGCUUACUCGAUAGCAUACAUUACGACACUGGGUUGCGAAAAGAUUCGAGAAAUCGUUUCUUCAGAACCUGUAGCAAUAUCUCACAAGUUUUCCGUUUGGGCUUGGAACAUGUGGAAUCCCUGUGAUGCAGCGGCAAUCAUUUUCUUCCUUAUCGGACUAGUUCUCCGGCUGCGGCCGUACACGAUGGACAUCGGACGGGUGAUAUACUGCGUGGACAGUAUUUACUGGUAUUUGCGUAUUCUGAACAUUCUAGGUGUCAACAAGUAUUUGGGACCACUGGUGACAAUGAUGGGCAAAAUGGUGAAGAACAUGAUUUAUUUCGUCGUCCUGUUGUUGGUUGUGUUAAUGAGUUUUGGCGUCAGCAGGCAAGCCAUUCUGUUUCCAAACAAUGACGCCAGCUGGCGGUUGAUUCGAGAAGUGUACUACCAGCCUUACUUCAUGUUGUACGGAGAAGUGUUUGCCGACGACAUCGAUCCACCUUGUGGAGAGGACCCUUCGCAGCCUCAAUGCGUGACAGGUCACUGGGUUACACCUAUAGCUAUGUCGAUGUAUCUUUUGAUUGCCAACAUUCUGCUCAUUAACUUGCUGAUUGCGGUUUUCAAUAAUAUUUUUAAUGAAGUUAAUGCCGUUUCACACCAAGUUUGGAUGUUUCAGCGCUUCACUGUUGUGAUGGAGUACCAACAAAAGCCAGUUUUACCUCCUCCACUCAUAGCUUUCUGCCACUUUUACUCGUUUUUACUGUACUUAAUUCGCAAAGCAAAAGGUUUGCAACAAUCGCGGGAUAAUGGACUGAAACUAUUUCUAGAGAAAGAAGACAUGGAACGGUUAUAUGACUUUGAAGAAGAGUGCGUGGAAGGUUAUUUCCGAGAGCAGGAUGCACUGCUGCAACAGUCUACCGAAGAACGGAUUCGAAAUACGGAUGAACGGGUUGAGAAUAUGUCCCAGAAGAUUGAAGACAUCAAUCAGAAAGAAAAUAUGCAGACAGCAACUGUUCAAAACAUUGAAUUUCGACUGCGUAAAGUAGAGGAGUCCGCGGAUCAGAUCCUCUCGCAUUUGGCUGUGAUACAUAGGUUUAUGUCUACCCAUACGCAGAUUCAGGACAACCUGAUAGGAUCGACCAGUAAUGUUAGCGCAACGGGAGCACUUGGAAUGGGCGCUGGAGGAGUGUUAGUAUUUGAUAACCGUACGAGGACCAUAUCCGAAACUGAUAGCAAUAUUAUUAGCGUCAAUCCAAAGAAGAAAAUAAAUCGAUCGUUGACGGAGGUUCGGCCAGAUGCGUACAUUUUCGACGAUGGAAUGCACUUUGAGGUACGAACGGUGCCGGAGGAAAACGAGAGCGAUCGGUCGCCGGAAAAGACGAACACAUCGUUCCAAACAUCGCAGGAUCGCAAGCUGUCGAUGCGCUCGGAGGAAUCCGAUAUGUACUUACCGCCAUCGAAGGUAAUGUCUCCUGCGGAAUCGACCGGAGUUGGAAGUAGCAACGUCGUGGUGAAACAGAAAAGUCCGUAUCUGAACGUGCGUCAGGAAACGGCAAGCACCGAAAGUAAGGAUACUUUGACUCCGCUGGAAAACUGUGAUGAUCGCACACUGGUAGGCGAAGAGUUGAUGGAAGACAUUACCGAUGCAAACUACGAUGGGUUGAGACAACGACCUGCAGCAGCCAGGAGACGAAAUAGCUCGGUCGGUGGAGGUGGCCGAAGAUACUCGGAAAGUGCGUCUGGGUUCGAUAUCAACAAGUCACAGACGAGUUUGCAUCAGGCGAACCUCAUCAAACGGCAGCAAAGUGUAACGCAGUCGGAACCGGACAGCGGCAACGAUCAGCCGGUACAAAGACCUCCCACCCGAGGACGACAGCUUUUGUUGCAGAUCCAUGCUGAGUACACAUCCAUUACGGAUGAGCUGGAAAGCGUUUGCCACAUGAUCACUUCGCCGACAUCUUCUUCACGAGAGGAACGAGCUAAAAACGUAAACGAAAUGAGCAACCCGGAGUUUGCAGCACUCAUUGAGAAACAACAUCUAAAAGAGUGCGAAGAUAGCGACUAUCUCAUGUUGGAAAAGUUGUUGCAAACUCGGUGUUCCAUAGACGAGAGUGACGAUAUGUUCGAUGAUUUUCAUGACGAUUUUGGUCACCGGAAAAUGCUACGCCGAGAAACAGCAAUCGAGUUACCAGUUACUCCUUCAAAGUCAAAUAUUGUUUCACUUGUAGAUAGUGUUUCCGGGAACGAAGAAUUUAGCCUCAAGAAUGAACGGCAAACGGUUUCCAAUCGGAACUCACUUCGUGACUCCAAAAAUUCUCCGGUGUCCUUAUCCAGUCAAAACUCUCCUCGCAACUCACAAUACCUGCAGUCCACAUAUCUGAACCCAUCGUCAUUCGAAGCAGCUCAUAGAGUGUACAAAAAGUCUUGCGAAAGUUUACAGAAGAACUCUAGCACCGACACCGAAUAUUCACUGCAACCGUACAAAUUCAUCAAGCAAAGCUCAAACGAAACCAACAGUUCGUUUAAUAUCGAUAAUUCCUCUAUUACCAACGAUCUUUCGGUGGACGGCGAAACAAGCCUCAACUCAACUGUCAUUGAGCUACUUGCCGGUAUGAAUUGUCCCGCGGAUGAUCGGUUAGGUUUCACCAAGCGAACGGCUUCACUAGGUAGUGCAACGGGUGCUCAAAACUUUGACACCUCACAACCAGGUUUCCUAAAAAAACAGUUUAGUAUAGAGAAAACAGCAGGAUCUGGAAAAGCAUCUAGUUCAACACCAGAGGGGCUAGAACAAUUAGCUCCGAGCUCAACGAUGCCGCCGCCAAUUCUCGGGAAUCCAAAUUCUGGUAAAUCCACUAAAAGUACUCGCUUUACAGAUAAUCUUAACGUCCUUGGAAACAAAACUACUAUGGCAUUACUGAAAGAGAGUAGUUCUACCAGCACGGAGGAUACGCAGACUGCGCCGUUCAGCCGUGAAGCGAUUCCCUGCAUUAGCACCAAUAUUGUGCAGGACGAAAUCGCUCGGUUGUCGUCGAAUAUCAAGAGUAGCACCGACGAAGAUACGGAUCCGCCGAUCAACGAAACCAUGUGCUGAUUUUAGUUGUACCUUUAGUCGAUAAGGCAUAGUUGAACCUUUGAGUCUCCCCAACAGAUAUUUGAACACGCGCACGCGAAACUGUGCCCCACCAGGUUGAAAUUUAUCCCACGUAUCCACACCAGUUACCACAAAUAUAAUUCCUUUGCUGCUGCGGAAGCAGCAGACGUUAGUAGCGUUAAUAUCGUCAAACCGAUCGUCCCGUAAGCGUAUGAAAGUAAGCGUCGCGAAGCGGUUGUAUUGAAAUGUUAGGGUUUUUUAAACGGAGUUUAUGUAACGGGUUAUUCGAGCGUAUCCAUUCGGAUUCGCCUAUAGGAUCGAUGAUCAUUUAAAAAGGAUACUGAAUCAAUCAAUAUCUGGCGGUUGUGCUGUGAAAACAGAUUUUAGAAUCGUGUAUUUUUUCUGUGAAACUUUUAUUGCUUCUUGGUAAUAAGUGAAUUCUGAAUAGUGUUCCAAUAAUGUAAAGCUACAAACGUAGCUGCUUCGAACAUAGGUUUAUAACUGAUGUUUUUACCAACAGCGUGAAGCACAGGGUAUGGCAGCGAAGCAAGGCCUAUGGAGCAAGAAACUGUUUUAAUUUUCUUUUAAAAGCAAAUUCACCAAGCUAAACAAAGCAUGGUCAAGUAUAAAUUUGAAAGAACCCUGUACAACAAUUCGCUUGUUGUUUCCGAAGUCUCCCAACGAAUUCAAAUCAGUAUCGUUUGGCUGGUGCCAAAUCGGCCUUUAACUCAAUAUUCGUGCAUGCUGCUUUUCAUUCUAACUGCCAAAAGAAACAGCGACGAAAAUUCUGAAUGAAGUUCGCGGGAACCAACUUCUUGGUUGUGUUUCACGUUUUUAUAAUAUCGAUCUAACCCGACCGAAUUCGUUCUAAGACACACGAAAUGUAACAUAUCUGCAAGUUUGUACAACUUCGUCACUAGUUUUAGGUUUGAGGAAUAUCUAAGUCAUGAAUAAAGUCGUCGAGAAGUGAUGCUAUCAACACAAAAGUCAGAUAUUUCGAACAGUAUGAAUCAUAUCGAGUGCCAAGUAUGCGUAUAGAAUAGCAACAAACAGAUGAUUUAAGAGAACGGUUAUAUUUGUUGUACAUUUUUGGAGAAAUUUACGUACUGCUCCCGAAAAAAAAGAUAGAAAGAAUGUAUGUUGUAUAUAUUUUGUUCUGUUAUUAUAGUAUAAAAAAUCACUUGCGUCAAGGAAUAUUGUUAGGUAAUAGAAAGCGUAAAGCGAAUCGAUACAUAUGGGCGCAAAAUCAGGCGCAGUUAGAUUGAUAGUUUACAGUACGGUGCAGAACAGUAAUGACAGCUGUGUGUGUGUAUUUACAUUCACAUUCGAAAUAUUAAAAUCACGAGCCCGAUCCCGCCGCAGCUAAGUUUUGCAAUAAUAAAACGGUAAAGUGACCAACGUGUGACAUUUGCCAGAAGUAGUCAAGCGCCUAAACAAGUAACCAAAACGAUUAAACGGUUUUAUCGUAGAGCGAUUUCAGGCAGAAUCGGCUGAAAGAUAUGAAACUUGAUAAAUAUGCAGGUUGUUAUCCUAGAUUUCAUAUGAUAUGUUUAUGUGAUAUUUUUAAAAUUAUUGUUUUACGAAUGCUCAAUGGCGUCUUUUUUCCUAAAGAAACUAUAAUGGCGCAAGGAGUCAGCUUAAAUUUUCCAAGUUUUGUAUUAGUAUAAUAUUUAUAAUUGAUCCGUAAUCAGUUCUUUGCAGUCAGUCUAAAAUCAGUCAAAUUGGUGCUGAAAUAUCAACUGUGCGUAGUUCUGUGGCAAUAAUGUUGUCAGGACUGUUUGGAGAAGAUUUUUGUAACUUUGGAGAUUCGUAAAGAUACCAAGGGCGUGGCUGGUCCUUAGCGAGUAUAACCCAUGUCCGUAGAGAACUACCGCUAUUAUCAGUGUUUUGUGAACGGAUAAUUUCGUAUUGUGGAGAAAUUUACUCGACCGGAUAGUCCUCAGGAGUCCAAAGUAAGCAUAAUUUUCGGCUGGUAAACCGGAAGACUUUACUAUGCCAGUUGUCAUCACACAUAUAAAUAUGCGCCAACCGGCAUCAUCCUAGUGACAGGAAACUGUCAUUAGAGAGCGCAGCGUCCUACGGAGGGCACAUACAGGUGGGGGUACUCCGACAGAAUAUAGUCGUCUCCAACCUCUCCCCUGUUAAUAAAGAUGGUACGGGUCAAACUAUUUCGGCGGCCUUCGACUUCUAGUAGAUCAACGAGGAACUCUUUCCACUGAAUCUGCCUCAACUGCUGAUUCAAAUUCGGUUCAAGCUGGUAAUGUUGAUGCUGAUGUUGAUGAAGAGACAACGAACUCAACACCGGUAGGUCAGAACGCGGAGUUGACACGGCUUGCUGUGGUGUAGAAGUGUCCAAUGUUCCAGUAAUGAAGAAGCUGACUCGGACGGGGUGUAGCUGGACUCGGAAGCAGCGUUAGCGAGGCCAGACCAGGUUCUGGCAAGUUACAGGCUUUAAGAAGAACGUGUAAGGUAGCUUCUGUUUGCAACUGCUGACUUGGUUCGCUGACUGGCUGGAUACUGAAUCGGUCCCGGUUCGGCUUCGUAAUUGAUUGUUGUGUACAUGUAGCAUUCGAGGGUUGUCAAUCCACACAUUGUAUAUGACGUCUCCCAAACCUUGAUAUACGAUACCUGGUGCCCAUCUCGAAUUGUUUCUUGUGUAGAUCUUGGCGUAGACUUGAUUGCUUUUACUGAGGUACCUUGGCUGUUUGUCUAGAAUGGCAUUUGGUUCCGGUGCUGGCGGACGAAGCAACUCGAAGCUUCGAAUUUAGCACCCAAUACUAUGACCUUAAAUGGCGAUUUGCUUUCCGGUAGGGAGCGGUUUGGCGUGCUCCAUGUCCAACGCUGCUUCGAUGUCUCCUCUCCCCUCUUGAAUCCUUGACGUUGCGUUUGAACGUGUCCACAAAACGUUCGGCUUGCCUGUUUCGAUUGUAACGGAGCUGUUCGGACGUGUGUGAUUUCACGAAGUGUGCGCUGGUGAACUGUGUGCCAUUAUCCGGGUUUCGGCAUCCCAAGACGAACGAACAAUCCACGUAGAAUUCUGAUGGUAGCGCGAGCAGUGAUAUGUCGAGUUUGUACCAUUUCAGGCAACUUCGAGAAGCUUUCGACGGCGAUGAGAUAAUAUUCGCCUUCGAAUCACGGAUCAGAUGCUUUUGGCCAUGGGAUAGGAUCCAAGUGAGGAGGAUGCGCGACGGACGUACAAUGCGGGCAAGUCUUGGCAUAGGCCUGUACUUCUUCGUCGAGCGAGGGUCAGUACACAUAGCUUCUGGAAAGUGCCUGUGAUGGAAUAACAAGUCAUUUCCCGAACAAGAUGCAUCCGUUCACUAGGCUGAGCGAUUCUUAUCUGGCUUGGAACCGCUUUCGAUGAGUUGCGGUUAUGGCCAACCAUCACGAUGUAUCGGAAAACCUUGCGAAGGACUGGAUCGGAUUGCAUACCCUGGGCGACGACUCUGAAACUGAGAGGAAGAGGACAUUAGCGUUGCCGAACUUGUUUGUCGCCACGUUUUCUAUCUCGAAGUCAUACUUAUUGCUGUCAAGUCAAGGCAAUUCGUAGAAGUCUGUUGGCAAUGUAGACUGCAAUGCCUUUCUUGGAUCCGAAGUUUCGUAGCAGUGGAGCGUGUUGUUGUUAGCAGACGGAAGUGCCGACCAAACAGCAUUUUAUGGAACUUGGUGACGGCAAAUAUUAAGGCCAGAUCUUUACGAUUCGGCUGACUGUAGUUUUGUUCUGCCUUUGUGAGCGCCUUGUUGCGGCGGCGUAUGCUUCCUGAUCGUAGCGAUUUACGAAGGGCAAAGUAGGCCCGAUUUCCCGCUUGGAUGCGCCGCUGGAUAUCCUUACUAGUGUUGUUGUCCGCGGUCACCAGCGAUCCCAAUUACACGAAUUCCUCUACCACUUCUAGUUCGUCGCCGUCAACGGUUACUGUCCGUGGGAGACGCGCGUUUGUUUCCUUUGAGCCUCUUCCUUUCAUGUAUUUGGUCUUCGAAGCAUUUUUUUAGCCCAAUUCUCCUAGACUCCGCUUUCAGUCUGGCGUAGAUUGCCUGCGCCGUCGCAAAGUUCGUGGCUAUGACAUCGAAGUCAUCUGCAAAGCUUAGAAGUUGGUUACCCUUGGUAAAAAUCGUGCCUUUCGUUUCGAUGCCCGCUCAUCGGAUCACCCCCUCAAGAGCGAUGUUGAACAGCAUGCAGGAUAAACCGUCACCUUGUCUGAACCCUCGCCGCGUCUCGAAGGGACUCGAGAGUGUCCCGAAGAUGCGUACGAAACACAUCACUCGAUCCAAUGUAGCUCUGAUUAGUCACGUCAGUUUGUCCGGAAAACCGUGUUCGUGCAUUAUUUGUUAUUUGUUAUUUAUUUAUAAAAAUUCAUUCGACACAAUAUUGUCUUGAUGAACACUAAUAUAGACUAACUACAUAUUGUUACCGAUACUCUUACACAAAACUACACUUAAACAGCAAACAGCUAUCGUCUCUGCAGGAGUUGUCUUUUGAAAGUGUCUAUGGUAAUGUCAAAAUCGAACAGCUCGUACACGGUGUUGAACUGAGCUGCCAUGUACCUUAUCGAGCUAAACUGACCGUAGUUAACUCUCCGAGCGUCAAGAUGAAGGAAAUUCCUAGUACGAAGAGCCCUUUCCGGAGCGUAUAGAUUCAGCUGUUCCAGGAUAGGCGGACAGUCAAUAUGGCCGAUCAGGAGUUUAGCAACAAACACAACUUGAGCAGUCGUACGCCUCUUUUCGAGGGUUUCAAGUCCUAGCAAUUUGCAUCGGUUUUCAUAUGGAGGCAAGUCCAGCGAGUUGCUCCACGGCAGCAUCCGAAGAGCAUAACGGACGAACUUUUUUUGUACUGCACCGGGCACCAGACUAUUGAGCAGGUUUCGAGUAAUGAUCGUACCAAUGCGCAGUAUAGCGAACGAAGACAAAACGGAUCGCGGAACUCGUUAGCUAUUUUAAAGAUGUAACCGAGUUGCCUAUUAGCUUUUGAGAUGAUCUCUUCAAAGUGCAAACGAAAGGUGAGAGCACAGUCAAGAUUCACUCCCAGGUCACGAAUAUGAUUAACCCGUUGCAGCGCAUGACCCAGAAUAGAGUAAUCAAAGGUAAUCGGGUUCAGUUUGCGGUAAAACGAGAUAACACUGCAUUUGGGAACACUGAUUCUUAACAGACCACAACAGGUCAACCAGCCGCUGCAAUCUCAAACAGUCAAGUGUGGUUUUUAUUGGCAGGUAUAUCUUAACAUCGUCCGCGUAAAACAGGCGACAUCCAGCAGGCAGCAGUAUAGACAGCUCGUUGAUGAAUAGUGUGAAAAGCAAAGGGCCCAAGUUGCUUCCUUGUGGAACCCCUGAUAGAUUACAAAACAGUUCCGAUUCUACUGGACCGAUUUUUACGCAUAAACUACGGUCAGUGAGGUAGGACCUCAUGCGUCUGAUAAAAGCGACAGAAAUUCCAAGUUUCUCCAUACGAUUCAACAAUAUCGUGUGAUCAACACGAUCGAAGGCAGCUUUUAAGUAUGUAUAUAUCACAUCCACUUGCGCAUUUUCCUCCAUGACGUUUAGGCAAAACGAGACAAACUGCGUUAGAUUAGUGGCAACUGAUCUUCUAGGGAAAAAUCCAUGCUGAUCAACGGAUAAGUACUGCGAACUGCACAUAAAAAGUGCAUCGUGGACUAUGAUUUCCAAUACUUUCGAGCAGGCACAAAGUGAUGUGAUACCCCGAUAGUUUUCCACGUUCCUCUUAUCUCCUUUUUUGUGCACGGGAAACAUGAUGGAUUUUUUCCAUGACUCAGGAAAUACAUUUUGCCGGAGAGAAGUUUCGAAUAACAACGCCAGUGGGCGAACGAUAGCUGCAGCACAUUUCUUUAGAACACAAGAAGGAAUUCCGUCAGAUCCAGCAGCGAACGAAUAUUUGAGCUUUUUGAUCGCGGUUUCAACGAGUUGAUCGUUUAUAUGGAAUAUAUUCAAGUUGAUCGCAUCACAUGGAGUAUCUCGGAUUGCAGAGGCAGUCUACAUUUCCGAAGCAACAGAAGUGUUAAAAGAAUUCUUGAAGUGAGUGGCAAAGAGCUCGCAUUUUUCCACGGCGGUGUUCGCACAGACGGCACCCAGAAACAUGUUUACAGGCAGUCCUACCUCGUUUUUCUUGGAAUUCACGAACGACCAGAAUAAUCUACGAUUCCUGUGCAAGUUGUAUUGCAUUCGUAAAGUGUACCUUUUGUACAAGAGUAGAUUAUAAGCUCGGUAAUUGUUGCUGGCUAUGUUAAACUGUCGCUUAGAGAAUGGACAUACGGAGAACGGAGCUUACUGUAUUUUCGUAGAGCGGAAGAUCUAAGGCGCUUCAAGAAUCGCAAAUGAGCAUCGCCUCACGCUGGUUUACGAGGUGGUCUGCGAGUGGGAACACAAUCGGAGAUCAGGUGUUUCAUGGUUUGGGUGAAGUGGCAAACAGCAUUGUUCACAUUCGCAAAACGGUCGAGGCAACUCCAAUCGACUCGACUGAUUGCUUCGGCUAAGGCAGAAAAAUUUGCUCUUCGAAAGUCCAAGUCACUUGCGUCGACAAUGUCUUCAAAUUCAAAGGAGACUGGCAGGUCCACUAACACUAUCUGCCAUAGCUUGUCUCGAUCGACUGUAUCGUAUGCUGCUUUGAAAUCAAUAAAGAUGUGAUGCGUGGGCACGUUGUACUCCCGACAUUUUUGCAAGAUCUGUCGGAUAGUAAAAAUUUGGUCCGUAGUUGCGCGAGCCCCCAUGAAACCCGCCUGAUAAUUCCCUACGAAACCUUGUGCUAUCGGUGACUACCGGCGUAACAGGAUCUGGGAGAGUACCUUGUAGGCGGCGUUUACCAGCGUAACACCGCGGUAGUUGCAGCAGUCUAGCCGAUCACCCUUUUUGUAGAUGGGACAAACCACUCCUUCCGUCCAUUUCUCCGGUAGCUUUUCCUCCUCCCAAAUCCUCGAAAUAACGCAGCGUAGAGCCUUUGCUAGCGUUUCUCCGCUAUGUUUAUAAAGCUCUGCCGGUAGGCGGUCCUUCCCAGCGGCUUUAUUGGUCUUCAGCACCCUGAUUUCUCGGUUGACUUCUUAGAGAUCAGGUGUUAGGACAUUACUAUCUUCCAUGGGCGCUCCUAGGUUAAUUUCCGUUCCGCCUCCUUCUGCGACUUCGCCAUUGAGGUGUUCAUCGAAGAACUGCUUCCACCUGUCGACCACCUCGCGCUCGUUUGUAAUUAGAUUCCCUCAAACCAAUCAUUUUGUGUACUUCGAGGGUCAAUAUCUAGUGCCGCGGUAGCGGCCUCUCCGAUGGUCGAGCGUAUUCUGCCCCAACCGUCUUCGAGGUUUGAAGCACCUAACUCCUCGGAAGAAGGCGGUGCCUUAUGCAGUACUCGCGCAUAGUUCAUAGUUCAGCUUGCGGGUUAUCUAACUGGCUGAUAUUCAGCCGAGGAGGGCGGCUUUGACGUGUGCACAUAUACUGCUACUAGUUAAUGGUCUGAAUCAAUAUCCGCACCCCGUCGGGAGUGUAUGUACGUUCGUGAUGUUAAAGAAAAUUCGGCCCUCUAUGAGAACGUGGUCAAUUUGGUUCAUUGUACGUUGGUCAGGUGAUCUCCAGGUGGCUUUGUGGAUAUCCUUGCGCGGGAAAAAGGUGCUUCGGCCUUGGGAAGCUGCGAAGUUUAUAUAUCGUUGGCCGUUAUCGUUCGUGUCGGUGUGCAGGCUAUGGGGUCCUGCCACCGGUCUAUAUCAUUCUUCCCUACCAACCUGGGCGUUCAUAUUGCCGAUGACGAUCCUGAUGUUCCGUGACAAGCAGCUGUCGUACGUUACCUCCAGCCUCGCGUAGAACGCUUCUUUCUCAUCGUCGGGUCUACCUUCGUGCGGGCAGUGCACGUUAAUGAUGCUAUAAUUGAAGAAACAGCCCUUUAUCCUCAAUACACACAUCCUCUCGAUGAUUGCCUUCCAAUCUAUCACGCGAUCCUGCAUUCCGCCCAACACUACAAAGCCCGUUCCCAGUUCGUUGGUAGUACUACCGCUCUGGUAAAACUGGGCCUUUCCGCCACGGAUCGUCCCUGCCUUCUCUCCUUUGCGACAGAUUUCCUGCAGAGCCACGAUGCCGAGUUUGCGGGGUUCAAGCUUUUCAAUCAGCACCCGCUCGCAACCUGCGAAAUUUAGCGAUCUGCAGUUCCAAGUACCGAGUCCCCAUUCGUCGUCCUUUUUCCGUUGCCUAGGUCGAUGCUGAAUAUUCCGCUCCGAAUUUGCUUGAAUUUUGUUUAAUUUAGGUUUAAUUUAGGUGUGUAGGCGUACUGGGGCAACACUACCGAGUCUCGCGAUGGGGCUGCCAUCUUAUAGUGCCUAGACUCACUAUACCUCCUUCCCGGUUAGUAUACGACCUUUGUUUCCACCGGGGUUGGUUACCCGAUCUCCGCUAAGGUUGCUCGUAUUCCGCCCGGUACCACGAGGAGGCCGGGAUCGGAGUUGCUGGAUAAGAGGCUAACGACCACUAUGGGGUCUGUAUUCCGCAUUAUCCAGCCAUUUACCACGCAUGGAGGUAUGCAAGUAGAUUAGAUGUUACCGUUACGGUGUUAUCACCUGCCCAAGGUUGUUCUAUUUGUGAAGCAGAAUAAGGAUUUGUUCAAGAGUGCAAAGGACAGACAAUACUUAACACAAAUUUUCACUAACUUUUCAUAUGAUAGUUCUAUGAGAAUACAAAAGAUCUAUUUGUGCUUACAUAGCGAAUAGCAGCAAUCUAGCCUCGUUAAGUAUACCUCAAGGGAGCCAAUGAAGUCCACUGAUCUUUUUGUUCUACUAAAACCACCACAACUUUGUCAAGUAGAGUACUAUAGUUGAGUAGAGUAAUCGAAAAACUAAAAUAGCCUGCAUUUACUUCAAAACCAAUUGCAUUGCCAAAAGCAUAGCGGAAAAUUAAGAUUCAAUUAGAGUAAAUUGAUCUUUGGAAAGAUCACUUAUUUUGGAUACGUCCUCGUAAAAAUCUAACUGAAAAAUCAAUCAUAUCAAAAAGAAAGCCAAUAAGCUUGGGGUAGCAGCCAGCAUAUUCACAAUGUUUUAUCGUUACCAGAGACGGUCAGGCCAACUGUAUGGAAUUGCUCUGCAGCAACUCGAGGUUGUCAGUGAAAUGUUAAAUCAAAUAUCUCCACUCGGAGCUACCUAGUAUGUUUUUCAAGUCUAUGCCACUGUUUGGAGCCACAUUUUAGCCGAUAUACAAAACUUGUGCUCCAGUUUCCCGAAUACAAAGCAACACAUUAAGUACUUAGCAAAAAAAGCAAAACAUUCUCAACUUGGUAGUAAACUUAAAAUCAAAUCCGAUGUCAUUCGUAGUUUGCACACUAUUCGCCAGCAUCUAAAGUAAAUUUUAAUAAGAAAAACUGCUCCUAUAAUCGUAACUAAGGAAAAGAAACAAAAACGCUACAUCCCUCCUAGGUAAGUAACUGAAUAGGUUGGUACUUCUCUCUUUGCUAGUAGUUUACUCUCUACACACUAAACAACCAUUCACGCGUUCGAUUCCGGAACCAGACUUUAGACUUCUAGCUAGAUGAUUCUAACAAAUUGUGAACUUAUCAAAGGCGAAUGUGCAGAAAAAAAUCUUAUCAAUCAUUAGUGAACCACUCAAAACCUAUGUGUAACUAUGAUACUGAAGUCGUGUACUGAAAUGAAAAACCCCCUUUUAUCAAAUUGUGAAAACGUUGAUAAUGUAACAGAAGUAAUUAUGACAAUAUUAUUGAAUUAAUGCGAAACCAAAACCAAAAACAAACAAAAAAAAUGUUAUCCAAUGGGAGUUGCGCAACGGUACUUAGACCUUUUUAUUUAAGUUUUUAGAAUCACCGAUUUGCAUCUUCAGCUAGUGAGCACAACGCAACGUAAUGAUUGAUAGAAGAAAAUGACAAACUAAACUCAAAAAAGUUGCAGUCCAUCCGACGAGAGAAGACAGAAUUUUUUAGCUUUUCACAAAAAUUGUCCACGAUUUUGCAAAUAGUACGGAAUUAAGUUAGUAGCAGAAAUAGGGGGAAAUUACCUCUCAAUGAGAGAGGGCGAAGGCCGUUUUUCCCCAUUUCGUGCUUUUUUUUGGUACUUUUACUUAAUCGUAGAUUUUGUAAAUGUUUUUGAACGAAGAAAACAGACGGUGAAAAAAUAUAUCAAAUUAUG